AUGACGCUUGUGUCCAAAGUUACCACCAUUAGCCUGCUGAACUCGCUCGUCGUGAUCUGCUGUUAUGCCCUACCUUCUGCAUUGGCAUGGUUACCACGUGCUCCCUUGGCCACGCCUCCUUCAGCACGGUCAUCUCUGUGGUUUCGCAACGACGAUCCCCCAGGAGAAGAUCCUCCUACCACGAUGGAUGUCGCCCCGUCGUCACUGGUUCGAUCGGUGAAUUACUUUAUCAGUCGCAAGUGCAACUACAGUUGUCAGUUUUGUUUCCAUACCAUGAAGACGUCCCAUCAUUUGCCACUGGAUCAAGCCCAAGAAGGCCUUCGCCUCUUGCAGCAAGCGGGGACGGAAAAGAUUAAUUUUGCGGGUGGAGAACCAUUUAUCUUGCCACUACAGCUGGGAGAACUCUGCAAGACGGCAUCCCAAGAAUUGGGUAUGGCUGUAUCAAUCAUCAGCAAUGGUAGCCUCAUCAGUGAAGAAUGGAUGGCCUAUUAUGGCCAAUAUGUGGAUGUCCUGGGAGUUAGCGUGGAUUCCUUCUGCGAUGAAACCAAUGCCAAAAUUGGAAGAGGAGAAACAAUUAACACUAAAGACAGCAACAAGCAGAUCAAGAAGAAUCAACACGUGGAUCGAAUCUUGAAAGUUCGAGAAAUGUGCGAUAAACACAACAUUCGCUUCAAAAUGAAUACAGUGGUCAAUUCUUACAAUUGGGAGGAAGAUAUGAUUGAUCAGGUUCGGCAAUUGGACCCUUGUCGAUGGAAGGUCUUUCAGGUACUCUUGUUAGAUCAGGAAAACAUGGGGAAUGAACAAUCCUUGCGGGAUGCCCGGCCUCUGGUGGUAUCAGAUGACCAAUUCCAAAGCUUUGUCCAACGCCACCAACCCCACUUUCCACAACUGGUCCCAGAAGAUAACUCUGCGAUGCAAAAUUCCUAUCUUUUGUUGGAUGAAGACUUGCGAUUCUUGGAUUGUUCCACUGGAGCCAAAAUACCGGGAGAGUCCAUCCUUGAUGUGGGAGUUUACCCGGCAUUGGCUCAGGCAGGCUUUGAUCAUGACAUGUUUCAUCUCCGAGGGGGUGUCUACGAUUGGAAGCGAGAGCGGGACCUCAAGGGCUAG